AUGGCGGAUAGAGACAGCGGCAGCGAGCAGGGCGGCGGCGGCGGGGCGCCGGGCUCGGGCCCUGGCGGCGGCGGUGGCGGCGGGCCCGGCAGUAGCGGCGGCGGGGUGGGCCUCCAGCACGAGACGCAGGAGCUGGCCUCCAAGCGGGUGGACAUCCAGAACAAGCGCUUCUACUUGGACGUCAAGCAGAACGCGAAGGGCCGCUUCCUGAAGAUCGCGGAGGUGGGUGCGGGAGGCAGCAAGAGCCGGCUGACGCUCUCGAUGUCAGUGGCGGUGGAGUUCCGCGAUUAUCUGGGCGACUUCAUCGAGCACUACGCACAGCUGGGGCCCAGCCAACCGCCGGAGCUGGCGCAGGCCGCGGACGAGCCCCGGCGGGCCCUGAAAAGCGAAUUCCUGGUGCGCGAGAACCGCAAGUAUUACAUGGAUUUGAAGGAGAACCAGCGCGGGCGAUUCCUGCGCAUCCGCCAGACAGUCAACCGCGGUCCAGGCCUCGGCUCCACACAGGGCCAGACCAUCGCCUUGCCAGCCCAAGGGUUGAUCGAGUUCCGCGACGCCUUGGCCAAGCUCAUCGACGACUACGGCGUGGAGGAGGAGCCGGCCGAGCUGCCCGAGGGCACCUCCUUGACGGUGGAUAACAAGCGGUUCUUUUUCGACGUGGGCUCCAACAAGUACGGCGUUUUCAUGCGGGUGAGCGAGGUCAAGCCCACCUACCGCAACUCCAUCACCGUCCCUUACAAGGUGUGGGCCAAAUUCGGACACACUUUCUGCAAGUACUCGGACGAGAUGAAGAAGAUCCAGGAGAAGCAGAGAGAUAAGCGGGCCGCCGCCGCCGCCGCAUCCUCCUCCUCCUCCGGCGGAACAGAGCAGCAGCCAGAGACCGAAAGCAGCAGCAGCACCGCUAUCCCCACUGGCCCGCCCGGAGCCUUGCUGCAGGCGGAGGAGCCAGAGGAGGAUUGA